UAAAAGGCUUUUCCCUGACAGGCACAAAGUCGAUUACAAUCACCCAUCUUGAAUCAUCUGGACAAGUCAUGAAAUUCAUUGGCAUAGCUGUGUCUUUCUUCAUUCCCGUCUCCCUUGCUGCCCUUUGGAAUACAGGAAUUCCAGAUUCUUGCUCACACCGAUGCGGGGAGCUACUCAGUACCUGUUCUUGCCAAGUGACAUGCCAGUCCUUGAGGAUUUGCUGUCCUGAUUAUAAAGAAUUUUGCCUUCACAUUUCUCCGUACUCAGGAUCCCUGAUGGGAGGCAAAGACUUUGAGAUUGAAAAUACAGCUUUUAAUACCUCUUCUGAGCUGAGAUGCAGGUUCAAGCAGGAAAUUGAAACCAGUGGCUAUGUUGCUAAGGAUGGAAAAGCCCACUGCAUCUCCCCGUUACUGUAUGAGACUGGGUUUGUCCCCUUCGAAGUUUCCACAGAUGGUGGGCUGACGUUUCCGUACUCUGGAACCUGGUUAUCAGUACAUCACAGCAAAGUUUCAGAUGGAGAAAAAUCUGUGCUGGUAAAUGCGACAAAAUGGCAAUAUUAUGGCACCCCCAACACUGACGGAAACUUAACUCUCACCUGGACACAACAGGUGCUUCCAGCAACCCAUAUCAAUAUAGAAGUCUGGGGAUACGAGGAAAUAGGUGACAGUUACUCAGACAACUGGCUGGCCGAAUGGAAAUAUCUUUAUACUUUGGCCAGAGAAACACCCAAUACUGGGACAUUUUCUUUCACACCUGUACCUGCUAAAGGAAAUUACAGUACUUGGGACUUUGGAAUUCUGAGAAUUACACCCAGCAGCUAUUCUGAUGGGCAGAGCAACAUUCCAUCAGUCUGGAGCUCAGAGCAUGCAUUGGCUUGGCACCUUGGGGAAGACUUCAGAAAUGACCCAACUGCAUGGGCAACUGCUAAAUGCCUAGAAUGGGACAGGAAGGAGGAGAAGCUUCCAAACUUCCUUGAAGAAAUUAUAGAUUGCCCUUGCACCUUGGCACAGGCGAGGGCUGACACUGGCAGGUUCCAUACCGAUUAUGGCUGCGACAUUGAAAAGGGCAGCGUGUGUACUUAUCACCCCGGGGCUGUGCAUUGUGUGAGGGCCAUUCAAGCCAGUCCCCACUACGCGGCUGGGCAGCAGUGUUGCUAUGACUCUACGGGGACCCAAAUCCUCACGCAGGACUCCACGGGAGGCAGCACACCUGAUCGAGGCCAUGACUGGGGUUCACCACCCUUCCUGAAGCCUCCCCGGAUACCUGGAUUUUCCCACUGGCUUUAUGAUGUCAUCAGCUUCUAUUACUGCUGCCUGUGGUCUGAUAAUUGUGCGUUCUACAUGAAACACCGGCCCUCGAGCGACUGCAGGACGUACCGCCCGCCUCGAGCUGCAUCUGCUUUUGGGGACCCUCACUUCAUCACAUUUGAUGGUCUGAACUUCACCUUCAAAGGCCAAGGGGAAUACACAUUUGUAGAGUCUGAUCUAACAUCCCUAAGAGUGCAAGGGAGGACCCAGCAGGCACACUUUCCCAAUGGAACAGAGGCUCAAGUGACAAGCUUGUCUGCAGUGGCCAUGCAGGAGAACAACUCUGAUGUGAUUGAGGUACGCUACUCAGAGGAUCUGAAUAUGGAAGUCCUGUUGAACCAAAUGGUGGUCAACUUCUCCGAGCAAAGUUGGAUGGACUUAAAAGGUCUCUUUCUCCAUUCUACAGUUGAUCAGAACAUCACAGUGAUGUUCUCUUCUGGGGCUGGAGUGGAAAUAAGAGGAAGUGGAGGAUUUCUGACACUGACAGUCCUGCUCCCAGAAAAGUUUAUCGAUCACACACAGGGUCUCUUUGGGGUAAUGAAUGGUAAUACAGAGGAUGAGUAUACCUUCAAGAACAAAACAACCUUAUCAGUUGAUGCCAAUCCCCAGCAGCUGUUUGAGUUUGGAGCUGACUGGGCUGUUGAAAAUGGAACUUCCCUUUUUACCUACGACACAGAGUUCUUAUUGAACAAUUUCUUUUAUGGGGAAAAGCACAACUCUUCUUUUCUGCCAGUGUUCUUUCCUUAUGAAGACUCUGCUGAUCCCUUGGUGAAAGACAUGGUCUUGCUCUGUGACUCUGACCCAUUCUGCAGAUUCGAUGUCCUGACAACCAGAAGUCUUCAAGUAGGACAUUCAACAAAACUAUCUCAUCAGAAUCACAAGCGGCUAGUAGAAAGUCUGAAGUCAGUGAUCUCUUGUGGCUGGCUAGAUCAUCCAGCCAACGGAAGAAAGGAAGGAACAAACUAUCUGCUGGGCUCAGCUGUCCAUUUCAUCUGCAAUCAGGGCUAUGAGCUCACUGGGUCAAAGGAAAGAAUCUGUCAAGCGACAGGGGCCUGGUCCGGGGAAACACCCAGCUGCAUCCUGAGAACAGAUGUCAAGCAAGUAAUUGUGCUUGGCUGUGUAUUUGGAGCUGUCGGUCUUGUAGUCCUGGCACGUCUGAUUUUUUUGUGUAGAAAGGAGAGAUGCAAACACAAUCAGAAGCGUGUUUCAGAGGUUCCAGCUACAUCAAAACAAGCAACAGAAGUUCCAGAGAAGUUUUUAAUGAUACACAGAGAAAGUAACGUGGAGGAUUAAACUGUCUGAAGCAUGUGCCUUUUUACACAUCAACCAAGGACAGACUUUUCAAACACAAGCGAUGGUUUUAUGUAGUAUGCUAACAGUUAAUUUCUGCUUUCUAUACAAUGAGUGUUUAAUUGCAUAGGGAAUACUAACUAAUUUCAUGGGAUUAUGUCAUGGCAGGUUCAGCCUAUUGUGUAUCACAAGCAAAUGAUAAUGCCUCUGAAAGCAUCAAAGUUAUGUGUGAUAAUUUCUUAGUCACAGCUUGCUCAGUAGAACCACAGUUUUGAGAAAAAACAACAGAGUUUGUAAUUUUUAUGCACUUUUAUUCUUUUAGGCUUUUACUUGAAAACAGAUAAAAUGAAAAUAAUCCUAGUCUCUAAUGCUAGCCAUGGUCCAAAGAAAGACCUCUUCCCUGGGGCGUGUAAGGUUAAUUUAGGAAAAUGAGAAAGAGGAUGCAGAGUCAGAUUAAAAACUACCUGCAAGUCAGGUUGAAUUUACAGUUUUUUUUUUUUGAUGGAAAAGAGAUAUUUAAAAUACUUAAACAUUGCAUUCUUAUAUUUUGGUGAAUCAUGGAAUACUCAUUGAAAAUGACACUUUUGUUUCAGUACUGACCGAAUUUAAAAAAGCGGUACAACGGAAAAAACCCCCAAAGUACUCAGAAAAUGAAACUUUCAUUUCAGAUGAAUAUGAAAAGAUUUUUUUGAAAUCUGUUUUUAUUCAACUGCCCAGUUAGGGUCCAGCUUCAAAACACAGAAAACCUGUUGCUUGCACAAGUCUACUUGCAAUGUUUUUCUUGAAUAACUGCAAUAGGCAUACUUCUCAGUUAAAAGGCUUCAAGGCUUUUUUAUGUAUCUAGCUGAUUUCUGAGUUCCUACCUUGUAUAGAAUCUCUUUAAAAAGAAAAAAAAAAUCACCAUUUACCUUUGCCUAUGUCCCAGAGAGCUUGCAAAGACAUUUCUGUGUUGUGCAGCUCUUUUUAGUAAAGACAGAAUUAUUAACCUUUGGAGGUCAUAGGGUCUGUUUUUCUAAGGUCUUUAAAUCAUAAACUACAGGAAAAUCAUAUUUUUCUCACAAAAGCAAGGACAAAUUUUAUACUACAUGUAGAGGAGGACUGAAUGCGAGAAACGGUACAGACUUUAUGAUGGCAACACAAUUAAUUGAAAGAAGAGCCUCAGACCAUGUAUUAAAAGUAUUAAAGCAUUCGUUACCUGC